AUGCUUCAAGCGCAAGUUUGGCAGCGACGUCACCUGACGUCACUCUCCGCGAUCCCAAACAGGAAGUUUAUGUUGCAAGCCUGAAGCGUGACAGCGCCGAAGCGAUACACAUGUACCGAGUCAACAGAUACAACAGUAUCGGUGCAAUGAUAUGUGUGAUGUGUGUGUGUGUGUGUGUGUGUGUGUGUGUGUGUGUGUGUGUGUGUGUGUGUGUGUGUAAAUCUGGUUGCCAUCUGGGGUUGUUUGAGGUUAUACAGUUUUUUCACAAGGGCCAUCAGGCAUACGGGCCCCACUAUGACUUUGAGCACUACAAACAGCUGUUACAUGAGAUAACAAAAGCAUUCUGUGGCAUUUCCAAAGAAGUUCUGGAGAUUAAAGAGCAACUGCACCAAGACUUUGAACAGCCCAUCCUCUUCGAGCAUAUCGAGAAACUGAAAAUUAAAGAGGAGAAGCUAGAUCUGACAGCUGUUACAGUUGGGAAAACAGAAUGCCUAGGAUCAUCCAGAAGGAUCAUAAAGAGUAAAGCAGCUUUGACUGAGCUUCUGCAAGACUUCAAGUAUGACUCAGAAGAACCGGAAUAAGCUGAAGAUGAAGACUGAUGUCUUGACAGAGAUGGAUACAGUCCUCUAUGAAGGACUUCUUCCCCUUCUUAUGAGGAAUCAUCUAAGGUAGCGAUCGCUGGCGUUGUAUAGAUAGACUGCACUGCUGCUGUUGCAGGCUUUGAAGUGCAUAUUUGUUGUAUUAUUAAACAGAGUACGGCAACUUUUGUUUCAUUAUUUCAGUUGGUAUAAGAAUAUAGUUUUUUUUUUUUGGUUGAAGAAUUCAAUUCAAAGUGUAAAUCUGAAUUCGCAAUGUAAAUAGUAAUCAUGAUCAUAUGCAUAACAUUGAAAAUACUAAAAAUAGCCAGCAAAACUAAACUAUUAAACAAUUAUGAAUGUCCCUUAAAUAUUUUUGAAAGACUUUUUUUUUACUUGCAAAACUAUUUAU